GUUGUAUCGCACUAAGGUUUUAAACCCCGGGAGAGGUGUAUAAGCGGUAGGUCCCAUGGCGGUGUGCACGUGACAGUUCGCCCCACAGUUUGACCGGCUUGGGCACUUGGCGGUAAAAACGACAAGAUAAGAUGGAAGCCGCGAAACAAGAAUUGGAUGGAAAGGCUCAAAAAAAACAACACCCAAAAUGCCCGGCUCAUCCCUCUGGCUCCUGCCCCCGCAAGCGCACCCCGUGCGCGCUGCACUGUCGACACUGAUCGCCUCAACGCUGCCCGCCGCCCUCCCCGCCGAGGCCGGCGUCAUUUUCGAGCCGCACAUGACGCUGACGUCGGACAUCCCGGCCGACGCGUACGGCAAAGACCCGCAGAGCUGGCUGGACGCGAUUCCGUGGCCCGCUGCUUCCGCCGGCGACGGGGUGCGCGUGCGGUUGGCGAGCGUCGCGUCGCAGGACGUCUUCGUCCGCCGCUGUUACAUCCAGGUGCAUGCCGGCCAGGGCGGCGUGCGCGACCUUGUCGGCUUCGCGCGGGCACACGCCGUGUAUGGCGAGGAGGAUGCGAGCGGCCCCGAGACGCGCGCGUGGUUGCAGCGGUGGGAGGAGGCGUAUGGGCCGCAUGUUAGUUUGAUUUAUGGAAAUGUCCCGAUGGACGAGGCCAAGUUGCGCGGAGUUACAAGGCUGGUGGGAGAGGCUGGCAUUCGGCUGAACCCAUCUGGGGAGACUGCGGCAGUUGAGAGCGAAGCGGAGGGAGAAGGGAGAUGGGACGGAUGGGAAGGCGGCAUCUUGUGGCUGGUUCCCACCGACAAGCCGAUUGCAGAGUGGAAACCGAUUGCCACGAGAGUCAUCUGAGACGUGAUUUUUGAUCUUGGUUGUAGGUGGAGCCAGCAGUGUAAUAGGUUGAAAUCAUUAGCCCAUUAAUCAGGGAAACAAAGAAAAGAACAAAGGGAUGUUAAAAGUCGA